UGUACUGUUUGCUUCUGCCUAGAAAUGUUCUUCACUUUAGAAUUUUCAUUGUUUCGGCACUGGGAGUUAUUUAUAAAUUGCUGAAUAUGCAAUUCUGUGGGAUCUGAAAAAAUAGCUCCGGGAGAUAAAUGCCUUUGCACAGAUAUCUGUGUGAGUAGAAACUAUUGCAAGGUACUUAUGCUAAAUCCUCCACUUCUGCAGGGCUUGAGUGCUGUCAUUAUAGAAGAUUCCUUUAAAUCCUGUCUAUGGUUAAGGGCUAUAGAGCAUGGAUAUGAACUUUUGGAUUUUUUUUUUUUUUUUUUUUUUUUGCAGGUGCAGAUGUUUUAUUUUUAAGACCAUGUUCGUGGGGGGGGGGGUGCUGUGUGUGUAUGUAUAUGUGUGUGUGUGACUUGUCAGGACUUUUAUUACAAGGCAUGUCACAGAGUUACAUUUUAAAUGAUAUUAAAGCUUUUAAAUAUGAUCUUUGGAGCUAAGGUCCCGGAACUCUCUGCACUUAUGCCCAGAGAGCCAAAGUUAGAGCGAAGUUUAAUUUGCUCUUCUGAAAAAGAACUCCUUAAGAACUCUUGCUGACCUUGCAUAUUCGUAUAAUUUAAACAAAUGCAUACUGUAUAUGGAAAGCGGAAACUUUCUAGCAACUGCUAUUCCAAGUUUUUUUCUUUUGAAGAGGACUCUCACAGGCAAAGUUUGGACUUGGGGUUUCGUGUUGUUAAACUCUGAUUUUAUGCUCGGUGUUGUAAAGUCUCUUUAGGUAAAUUUGGCCAGUGCUGUCAAUGCACCGACUUCUCGUUUCCAAUCACUGGCCCUAGUUCAAGUUUCCAUUCUCAGCAAAAUUAUAUCCUUCAAGACUUGUGUUUUUCCAAUUUGCAAGCACUUUUAAGCCGCUGUCACUGGCUCCCCGAUGCAAUUGCCUCAGGGCUCAAUUCAUAAAACGUCCCUACCACUAGGUAUGGUACUCAUUUGCUGCUUUUAAAUACUCCACCACUAGGACUUUUCUCAGGCAAGUAAGUGGCUCAGGAGUUAAGGAUACGUCCUUGUCAGGCACCUGAUUCCGCUGCCCUUGAGAUGCCAAGGUGCACGCUGGGUACCUUGCUUUUAAAGAAAUGAAGUCAAUGUACACAUACACCCUGAGGUCAGACAGCUGGGAGUUUUGUGUCCCUGGUUAGAUGACCCUAAAAGAGGCUGUGGAGUGUGAUCUCUGCAUUAAUUACAAGUUUGGAAAACUCCGAAUGGACUUUCCAUUGCCGUGUAUGCUGAACUUUUCAGAAGCAAAGCUAGCCAUAAGUUGUUGCUUUUUCCUGUACUUGGAGCAGGAAGUGGUUUGAGGGAGCUAUGUGGUCUUUCAAAUGUAAUUCAAUGAGUAAAGGUGUCUGCCAGGCAGAACUCACAAGCUGAUUGUACUCUGAGUCUCAAGAUUUAUUUCCAAGUGUUUGAGUCAGAGGGAAGAGAGCAAGGGAGAGGACUGGAGCUGGGGUCACUGUUCAGGGUGGCUACAAUAGGUGCACAAUGGAAAUUGGUGGCUUGAUUGGGAGGAAAAGAUUGACUCAAAUCCCAGCUGUGCAAUUUGUUCAUUGUCUGAAUGGACAAAAGGCAGUUUACCCAGGCUCAUAGCAUACCUGCCCGGGUGUCCCAAUGUAACUAGAUGCUUUCACAAACCCCACCCACAAAGCAGCACAUGUUUUUAAAUCCUCAGUAUUCUAUUCACAUCAGUCUCUUAAUACCCACCCUGACCUGCUGUAAAAGAUCUGGAACAAACAAAAAUGGUUACACCUACAGUAAAGAUGCACAUCACAUCCUCUUCGCAUCUCUUCUACUUGGCCCUGUGCUUGCUCUCCUUCACCAGCUCUGCCACGGCUGGACCUGAGACCCUCUGUGGGGCUGAGCUGGUGGACGCUCUUCAGUUCGUGUGCGGAGACAGGGGCUUUUAUUUCAACAAGCCCACAGGGUACGGCUCCAGCAGUCGGAGGGCGCCACAGACGGGCAUCGUGGAUGAGUGCUGCUUCCGGAGCUGUGAUCUGAGGAGGCUGGAGAUGUACUGUGCACCCCUCAAGCCUGCCAAGUCGGCCCGCUCCGUCCGUGCCCAGCGCCACACGGACAUGCCCAAGGCUCAGAAGGAAGUACAUUUGAAGAACACAAGUAGAGGGAGUUCAGGAAACAAGAACUACAGAAUGUAGGAAGACCUUCCUGAAGAGUGAAGAAUGACAUGCCACUGGCAGGAUCCUUUGCUCUGCACGAGUUACCUGUUAAACACCAGAAGACCUACCAAAAAAAUAAGUUUGAAAACAUUUCAAAAGAUGGGCAUUCCCCCCAAUGAAAUACACAAGUAAACAUUCCAACAUUGUCUUUAGGAGUGAUUGUUAAAAGCUUUGCACCUUGCAAAAAUGGUCCUGGAGUUGGUAGAUUGCUGUUGAUCCUUUAUCAAUAAUGUUCUAUAUAGAAAAUAUACAUAUAUAUAUACAUAUACAUAUAUGUAUGUAGAUAUAUAUAUAUAUAUAUAUAUAUAUAUAUAUAUAUAUAUAUAUAUAUAUCUUAGUCCCUGCCUCUCAAGAGCCACAAAUGCAUGGAUGUUGUACAGAUCCAGUUGCACUAAAUUUGUCUCCGAAUCUUGGCUGCUAGAGACAUUCGUUCAGCAGCCUUGUAUAAGUGGUUUAUUAAUUUUUUUAUUUGCACUUCUUUCUACACAACACAGGCUGUUUGUUUUACAGUGUCUGAUAAUCUUGUUCAUCCAUCCCACCCAUCUCCCUUCAUCACCUUCAUAUUUGCCAAAUCUGGCCUCCUCAAUAGCAGCAGCAAGCAGUCAAGUAGCACACCAAUUUUUAACCCACAAGAUUCCAUCUGUGGCAUUUGUACCAAAUAUAAGUUGGAUGCAUUUAUUUUAGACACAAAGCUUUAUUUUUCCACAUCUUGCUAAAGAAAAAUGCAAGUAGUUACAACUUUGAGGCCAAUCAUUUUAGGCAUAUGUUUUAAGCAUAGAAAGUCUCAAACUCUCAAUGGUUCCUUCAAAUGAUGAGUUAGUGUGCGACCUGAUUAGUAACUUCUCUCUUUUUAUUUUUUCCAUAUAGAGCACUAUGUAAAUUUAGCAUAUCAAUAAUACAGGAUAUAUCAAACAGUAUGUAAAACUCUGUUUUUUAGUACAAUGGUGCUAUUUUGUAGUUUGUUACAUGAAAGAGUCUGGCCAAAAUGGUAAAAGGUGAAAGCAAAACAAAAGAGAAAGCCUGGAGCCAAAGGUGACGCAGAGGGGAAGGGUACUAAAAAUCCAAUUGUCUAGGAAAGAAAAGUUCCCCCAAUAAUGCCUUCCAAGAGAAAUAUGACACAAAGUCCACUGAUGCAAAUUUGGCAAGUCCAGAGAGGAGUAGAAAAAGCAGAAAGCUAGGAAUUUAACAGUCCUGGUUUCUUAUUCUCACUGAAAAAACAGGCAUCUGCUGACUCUGCCAUGGACUCACCACUGUAUGACCUUAGGCAAGUCACUUCACCUCUCUGUGCCUCAGUUUCCUCAUCUGCAAAGUGGGGGAAAUAUGUCAUCUGCCUACCUCACAGGGGUGGUAUGAGGAUUAAAAAGAUAAAGCUCCAAAGUUUUAUCCUAAGUUGCUAAGAGGGCAACAAGAUCAGAACCCUUAAGUUGCUAGGAUGAAAGGAAUUCUAUUAAAAAAACCAUUCACGGUGUAGCUAGAAAAUUGAUUAUCUGAAUGCUCCUGAAAUGCCAGUUCUUGUCAGUGAACCUAUUCAAGUAGCUAUCCAACUAACUAGUUGUUAAAAGCUAACAUAUCAAGCUCUUUUAAAACAUUGUUCAAAAUAACUUAGAAACAUUUGAUUUUUGAAUUCUGCAUUAGGAUUUACAAAUACAAAGUGAAAAGAGGGAAGGGAAAAGAAAAAAGAAAAAUAAAGAUUUCUAUCAGUAAAAGGAUGAUUACUCCACUUCUUAGCACUUACUGACUCCUCCAGGUAGUUACUAAUAAUCUAAUAAUAUUUCUUUUAAUAUUAUAAAUGACACUCUAUUCAUUUUGAAAAACACAGUUAUUCCUUCUCUUUCUUUAGACAAUCUAAAGAAAUGGCCCAAAUUUCAAAUACUGAACUAGUAAAAAGUCACAGAUUUACUUUAAUGAAUUUUGUUCUCAUCCUUGUACAUAGAUUUUUAAAUUUCUUUGUUAAAAUAUGCUUGACUAGAGUUGCUAGUUGAGAGACAAAAUUUCCUAGACAACUAGUAAUUUCCCUUAUGUCUGCUAAGGACAGUGGCCUCUAGUCUAGGGAUGUGUCUUAUCCAUUCAAUUGAAAUUGGUCAAUAAAAUCCAAUGAUGAAGACAGGUCCAUGAUGACCUGGAAAAUAUUUCCCAUCUAUACAUCAAGAUUUUUUUUUAUUAAAACAUUGCAUCAUCCAUCAUUCAGAUUUUUAAAUCUGCUUUAGAACUUUCUGGUGAAAAACAACCAGGCUUGAUUAUUUCAUACAAAUUAUAUCUCUUUUAUUCUUGGACAUGUACAUGGAAAACAAAAAAUAGCAUCUUAGUUUUCAUCCCACUGAUUUACCUCAAAGUUCAGAGGCCAGUAAAAGGGGGGGAAAAAAAAAGACUUCCUGGAUCUUCAAACAUAUGCAAAAAGAAGGCCAAUUUAACGAGCACCCCUGCUCAGCCAACUGGUAUUUUAACCUCAGUCUACAGCGUUAUUUGAAUUCACUCCUCUGACAUGCUGAGCUAUGUUCUGAUCACUGUAGACAGAUGUAAAAUAACCAUAGGUCAUUUUUGCUCUUCAUCUGUUUUCUAGAUGUAUGGGUUCUGUGGAAUGAGAUGCUGGGCUCACUUUCCCAAAGUGGCACUUCUGGGUUUUAUUUCUUAUUCCUAAUAUGUACCAUUUAAAAUUAUUAACUCCAUUUAAAAUUAUUAACAUAUUUUUUUUUAAAGUAUGAAAACAACCUUCUGCAGACCUAUACAUUUCCAGACAUAGUUAGAUGUGGUAAUUCUAAGAGUGUCUGUGACUUACUUGAUUCACUUAAUAAUUCUAUUCAGAGCCAAAAAUGCCCCAGUAAGGAAAGCUUAAAUAUGCAAAGCUGUAUUACCUUUCUUAACUUUCCCGACACAUAGUCCUCUCUAGCUGUAUCAUAAAUUAGCUAAUUAAAAAUUAACUAAUUAUACUAACCCACUGUCUUAUUUUCAAAUGAAUUAAAACCAGAACACAAAUUUCUGUCAAGUCCACAAUUCAGUUGAUCACUAUAACAGCAGAACAACCCAAUAUUGACAGACGGAAGCACAUAAAAUUAUACAACUCAAAACUUUAUAAGCUUUGCUUUAGAAUUUUAAGAUGAGGCAAUAUCAAGAUGUUUAUAUAAGAGCUAUAAACACUGGUAAGAAUGAGCAUUCAAUUUAUGGGUUGAUUUCCAAUUUAAUUGACAAUACUGAAUACCUAGGUCAAAUUUCUGUUCUCACUUCCCCCAGUAGCAUAAUUUUAUUAUUUGAACAUUUUAAGAUGAGGAAGAUCCACUAAAAAAGUUAAAGCAUCUUUUCAUCAGAAUCCACUCUUCUAGAGAUAAAGAAAAACACUCAAUACCCGCCCUAUGCGUGCAUGCUCACACACACACACAACUAUAUGCACACAUGUUCACACACACACACACAAACAUAUGCACACACACUCAACCUGAGUCCAGCGGAAUACAGAGAAUAAAUCACUUCCUUGAAAAAUCUUAUUUAAAAAAAAAAGCCUGACCUCCCUUGAGAAUCCUUCCCCUCCCUGGAAUGUCAAUGUUUGUGUAUAUGAAACCAUCUCAUGCACUGUGGCUCCAGGGUUUCUGUUACUAGUUUAUGCACUUGGGAGAAAACUUAAAAUGGAAGAUGUAGCACAUUUUGCUUUCCCAUUUAUUGUUUGGCCAGCUAUGCCAAUGUGGUGCUAUUGUUUCUUUAAGAAAGUACUUGACUAAAAAAAAAAAAAAAAGAAAAAAAAAGAAAAAAAAAGAAAGCAUAGACAUAUUUUUUUAAAGUAUGAAAAAAAAACAAUUCUAUAGAUAGAUGGCUUAAUAAAAUAGCAUUAGGUCUAGUCACCACCACCUUUCAACAUUUUAUCACUGACAGGUAGUGUUCUGUUCACCAAAUUGUGAGUUUGGGGGUGCAAGGGCAGAAGACGGAAAUUUUUUUAAGUUAGAAGGCUCCAUUAUUUUGUUGGCUCUCGAACUCAACAAAAUUAGCAAUAUAUUAUUCAAUCUGAACACCUUGAUUCAAGAGUAUGGAGUAUAAAUAGGAAAGAAAAUAAAAAGACUUUAUAGGCAAAUGGCAGAACUAAAAAAGAUAAGUUACUUGUUGAUUUGUGUGUGUGUGUGCGCGCGCGCUCUGCUCUAAAAAUUCAGCAAGUGGAGAAAAUAAAAAUAAAAGAGAAAAAUGCAUAGAUUCACCUGCUAAAAUAGCUUCUGCCACAUGCCCUUUAAGUAAUUCUUUGGCAUUUACUGGCUUAUAGAAGAUAUACUCCCUUCAUCUAAACAUCUCAAAGAGCAGUAGCUCUCAUAAAAAGCAAUCACUGAUCUCAUUGGAGAGUGUUGGAAAGUAUUUCCUUCUGAGAUGGGGGUUAUCUACUGAUAAGGAAAGAGAAGAAUUUAUGAGAAAUUGUUGAAAGAGAUGGCUAACAAUCUGUGAAGAUUUUUUGUUUUUGUUUCUGUUUUGUUUUUUUACUUUAUACAGUCUUUAUGAAUAUCUUAAUGUUCAAAAAAUGACUUGGUUUUUUCCUUCUUUUUUUUUAUAUUGGAAUGAGGGAUGAUAAGUUAAACCCACAUAGACUCUUUAAAACUAUAGGCUAGAUAGGAAUGUAUGUUUGAUUUGUUGAAGCUAUAAUCAGACUAUUUAAAAUGUUUUUGCUAUUUUUAAUCUUGAAAGAUUGUACUAAUUUAUUAGAGACAGAUCCUAUUUGGCUCUCUUCAUAAAGAAAGAGCAUCCCUGCUCAAAUCUCCUGGGCUUUCCCAUCAAUGUUUUCAAAAGAUAAAUCUGAUUUAUGCAUCAUUAUGGUAUUGCUUAUUUUUAAGUUUUCAAAUAUACAAAGCAUGAUUCUUUAUACCCUUGUCUUGCAGUGAUCAUAAAGUCUAGACUCUGAAGGGGCAAAAACAAGAGGAAAUUUUUGUUGAUUCUUUGUUUUUGGUUUGUUGUUUGUUUUCAAUGCUAAUGUUUAAUCCUAUAGUACAUAGGUGCUUAUUGCUAUGUUAAUAUUCUAAAAGACUUUCCUGUUAGAUAUUAGAACCUGAUCCAUGGAUAUCUUUUUUGUGUGAUUGCUAUUUUAAAAAAAGAGAUGAGAAGACUCUCUGAGCUUUAAGUGCAUA